UGUGUAAACAGCGACACGUGAAUUAGAAAGACACUGUAGUAAUUAGCAGGACCUUCCGGCAGACAACCAAUCAGAAUGAGAGGUUGUGUGAAUAUUCAUGAGGUCCUGCUAUUACACAAACCUGCCAUAGGGGGCGCUGUGGUGAUACACAGAUUAUACACAAAAUCAGGUUUAUGUGUAUUAACCGGACAUCUCGUUUUUUUUGCAUUUUUGGGGUUAUUAGACCAAUAGAAACCUUUCUACGCUUUUAGAUUUUUGUCAAAAUUAGCAGGACACCGCUCCUGUCCCGUUAAUUCAAAAUGUCCUGCUAGUGUUGUGUGUAUUCUGACGAAAUGUCCUGCUAAACCACAUUUACCAACGCACACACACACACACACACACACACCAUUUUUCCAAUGUGCACUACUUUGUUUCACUUCCAAUCCAGAAAAAUGCAUUGAAUACUGUGGUUGUAAAUUCAAUUGACAAAAUGUGAAGUGCAAGGGACAUAAACACUUUAGCAAUUCACUGACCUUUAAAUAGAAUUAUAAAUAUAUAUCUGUUUGACUCGCAAAGAUGAAUAAAGGGUAUUCAACUUUUGCAGCUAUCCAAAACGUAUGAUGCACGAUCAUUUUUGCCAUAAUUUUACUUCCUCCUCGGUUGUUUUAGGCAAGCAGGUAUUAGUUUGAGUUUUACUUUAUUGUUGGUAAAUACAAGACAUCCUAAUAAGACCGCAAAGAGAUGAUCGAUUAUUAGGAUAUUCGGUGCCAAUCCCAGCUGUUAUACCGGGAGACACAUUCAGUGAUUGUUUGAGAAAGCAACAAAGUGUUCUGAUUUGCUACUUUGUGGUCACGUGACCCCACAUCCGCUCUGUGGCUGUUGCUGUUAUGACAACGAAGUUUGGAUGGAGCAGAUGAAUGGUAGCGACGGAGAAGAUGGUCAACUCUCGCAAAAAGCAGCCAAAGUCCCUCCGAUGUACAGUGUAUCUAGACAUUGGGAAAGUCACAUGCCCAGGACUCCUCCUUAAAAAAAAGUAUAGCAUCUAUAUCAGUGUGCGUAUAAUGGGCCAGUACAAGAAGACUACAUGUUUGCCUCCUGUUUUCCCUCUCGUGUUCAAUCACAGAAUGGUUUUUGUCAAGAAUUUCUCUGGCAUUUUUGACCCUGCUGAUGUAGCUGACAACCUCGAAGCUGACACCACAGUUUUUGAGCUGAUUCAGUUGGUCCCUCCAGAGGGGUAUAUUCUUGCCACAGCGGAAGAAUGCAGCAGAACUUUCCUGUAUCCGGGUCCCAUCCUGGCUUCCGCAGAAGAACCUGCAAAAAGAGAUAUGAUGAUGAAGAGAACCUCCUUGUUUCCUGGAAUCUCCCCGAAAGUGGAGUUUGCGACGACGUCAGUCAUAGAGGAGAGUGAUUGGAGAGACAGCUGGGCUCCUUCGCCUACUUGUCGUGUUUCUCCUUUGAGGCCGUGCAUAACCCCGCCUCCGCAAAGACCAACAGAGAGGUUUUCACCGCAAAGCAAAGCAUACGGUGUUGAUCCAGACUGCGUCGUGGUCAAAGACGACUCUACUCCUCAAACAAACAAGACGGACAGGAAACGGGGAGCUUCUGAGGACGCCGGGUACCAACGGCCUACAGUUUCCUCCAGGGCACGAACUCUGUCUCCUUACACGCACCGCAGGAUGUGCGAGCUGACCGAGGAGAGCAGGCAGCGGAUGAGCCACCUCAACCUGGGGCCUCACCACUUUCGCAAGUCAACGGAGAAGCAGCCGCCCUUUUUGGUCCCUCGUCACAGUGAAGUCACUGGGAUGGGAUCACCGAACUGCAGCAUGUAUCAAAGCACCGCCAGUUUUUCAGCUGAUCACACAGAUGAUUUUCUCUAUGGAAGCAACAGACAAAGAACAGAGCAGAUGGAAUUGGCUUCAGCCAGGCUCCAGGCGUCUCCGGAGACACAUUCCCGACAUGAACCCGAGAUCAAAGGCCCAGGCUGGACCGAGCUGCGGCGGACCCGGUCCGUCUCAGCUUGGUCCGGCCUGGCAGUGACAGAAUCAGGGAGGCUUCUGAAUGUCAGCAGCUGCUCCCUCAGAGACCGACUUCAGACUCGUCCAUCCUAUGGGGAACAGAUCCACGACCGGAUCCAGAAGAUUCUGCAGACGCACAGAGUCGCCUAUGAGCACAGAUAUAGCUGUAACUUUUAAUCCACUGCAUGAGUGUUUAUACAGCAAAACCUAGAUGUUAAUUCUAAUGCAUCCAGUGUUUUUCCUCUAAAUUGUAUGUCAAGGGACAGCAGAGCUAUAUAUAAAUAUAUAUUAGUAAGGA